AUGGGCAAAUUCUCCCUUUUCUUACAAGCCAAGAAUAUCAACACCGUCGCUAACGCCAUGUCCUUCGCGCUCUUCAGACAGAUCCUCCCUUUGAUCCUCACCCUCAGCAUCGUGGGCGGCAUUGGCUUCGUCCUCUACCACGUUUACCUCAGCGUCACUAAGAUGGGUGAGACGGCCUCGCAGAGGAUGGGCAAGAAGAACGUGGUCCUCACAAAGGACGGUAUGCGGGUUGGUGUCAAGGAUGUUAGAAACGAGAAAUACGUCGACAAGACCCAGAGCUUCGUCGUAAAAGCGUGGAACCUCGGUCAAGCACAAGAUCUCAACGAAGAGGAAAAUCCUAUUCCAUCGAAAGGAACUGGCCGGAGCAGGCGGAGCUCCGGUACUGAGACUAUCCAUCUAUCUCAUAUCCCACAUGCGCCCAUUUAUCUGGGAAAGCUUUUGUUAGCCAUAUAUUUGUUUUCAUGUUGGAUCAAUGACUACAAGAAUUACGAAACCUUGCAUUACUACGUUCUCACAAGGGGUUGA